CAGUAUAGAAGUGUAUAAACUUCUUCAUUACAUCUUCCUCUUUAUGGAGCGGGGGAAAAAAGGAAAAAAGUGGACAACCCACAGCUAAACCUUGUUGGAUCAGAGAGCAUAAUGUAUUGAGUUAAGGGGUUAUAGAGUUGAGUGAAGUUGUUUGUGGAAAAGAAGAUGGCUUCCAAGCCAUUUGAAUGGUAUUGUAAGCCGGUGAAUAAUGGAGUAUGGUCAAAAGCAGUGGAAAAUGCCUUUGGAGCUUAUACUCCUUGUGCUUCGGAUGCUCUGGUGAUCUGCAUAUCCCAUCUGGUUGUGUUAGGCCUGUGCUUGUACCGAAUAUGGCUUACAAAGAAGGAUGGAAAGGUCCAGAGAUACCAGUUGAAGUCGAAUUAUUACAAUUAUCUGCUUGGAUUGCUGGCUGCUUAUUGCACUGCUGAACCUUUGUUCAGAUUGGUUAUGGGUAUUUCUGCCUUUGAUGUUGAUCGACAGUCUGGUCUUGCUCCUUAUGAGAUUGUUUCUUUAAUCAUCGAGGCUCUUGCUUGGGGCUUUAUGCUGGUCAUGCUUUUUGUGGAAACAAGGAUCUACAUUCAUGAGUUCCGCUGGUAUGUCCGAUUUGGAGUCGUUUUCGCUUUGGUUGGUGACUCGGUGAUGCUGAACCUUGUCUUAUCUGUUGGGGAGUUUUACAACCGAUCUGUUCUCUAUCUUUACAUCAGCGAGGUUGUUGUCCAGGUUGUAUUUGGGGUGCUAUUGCUCUUUUAUGUUCCAGAUUUAGAUCCUUAUCCAGGCUACUUGCCUGUGCAAACUGAAUCUGUGGACAACAUAGCUUACGAAGAACUUCCUGGAGGAGAGCAGAUUUGUCCUGAGAGGCAUGCCAACAUAUUCUCUAAAAUUACUUUUGCAUGGGUGAAUCCUCUUAUGAAACUAGGUUAUAAAAGACCUCUCACAGAAAAGGAUGUCUGGAAAUUGGAUAAUUGGGACAGGACGGAAACACUCAAUAACAUGUUCCAGAAAUGCUGGGUUGAAGAGUCUCGAAGGCCUAAUCCAUGGCUUUUGAGAGCAUUAAAUCAUGCACUUGGUGGAAGAUUUUGGUGGGGAGGCUUUUGGAAGAUUUGGAAUGACGUUUCGCAGUUUAUUGGGCCUAUGAUAUUGAAUCAACUUUUAAAGUCCAUGCAAGAUGGAGACCCGGCUUGGAUUGGUUACAUUUAUGCAUUCUCAAUUUUUGCUGGAGUGGUAUUUGGAGUAUUAUGUGAAGCUCAAUAUUUCCAAAAUGUAAUGCGCGUCGGAUACCGAUUGAGAUCAACCCUGAUUGCUGCAGUUUUCAGGAAGUCACUGAGGCUAACACAUGAGAGUCGUAGAAAAUUUGCAACUGGGAAAAUAACCAAUCUAAUGACCACCGAUGCUGAAGCUCUUCAGCAAAUAUGUCAAUCACUCCACACUUUGUGGUCGGCUCCUUUCCGAAUUGUAGUUGCCUUGUUUCUGCUAUACCUGGAAUUGGGUGUUGCGUCACUACUUGGUGCACUUCUACUUGUUCUUAUGUUCCCAAUACAGACAUUUAUUAUAAGCAAGAUGCAGCAAUUGUCAAAAGAAGGGCUGCAACGCACGGACAAGCGAAUUGGACUCAUGAAUGAAAUUUUGGGUGCCAUGGAUACUGUCAAAUGUUAUGCAUGGGAGGAUAGUUUCCAGUCAAAGGUUCAAAAUGUGCGAAAUGAUGAACUGUCUUGGUUCCGUAGAGCACAACUAUUAGCUGCGUUGAACAGUUUCAUUCUGAACAGCAUUCCUGUGGUGGUGAUUGUGGUUUCAUUUGGGAUGUUCACUUUACUUGGAGGGGAUUUGACACCUGCAAGGGCAUUCACAUCUCUUUCUUUGUUUGCUGUGCUGCGCUUUCCACUAUUCAUGCUUCCAAAUAUAAUUACACAGGUUGUGAAUGCAAAUGUGUCUCUGAAACGCUUGGAGGAACUUCUGCUAGCAGAAGAGAGAAUUCUUCUACCUAACCCACCUCUUGAACCAGAAGUUCCUGCAAUCUCAAUCAAGAAUGGAUACUUCUUCUGGGAAUCAAAGGCAGAUAAACCUACAUUGUCAAACAUUAACUUGGAUAUACCAAUUGGUAGCUUGGUAGCAAUUGUUGGCAGCACAGGAGAGGGAAAGACAUCACUUAUCUCAGCAAUGCUUGGGGAGCUUCCUCCAGCAUCUGAUGCAACUGCUGUUGUCCUCAGAGGAACAGUUGCUUACGUGCCCCAAGUUUCGUGGAUUUUCAAUGCAACGGUACGAGACAACAUACUGUUUGGAUCUGUCUUUGAACCAUCUAGAUAUGAAACAGCAAUAGAUGUGACUUCACUGCAGCAUGACCUUGAACUGCUCCCUGGUGGCGAUCUUACUGAAAUUGGAGAGAGAGGAGUUAACAUUAGUGGAGGGCAAAAGCAAAGAGUUUCCAUGGCACGGGCUGUGUACUCGAAUUCAGAUGUGUGCAUAUUUGAUGACCCUUUAAGUGCUCUAGAUGCUCAUGUGGCUCGGCAGGUUUUUGAAAGAUGCAUUAAGGGAGAACUGAGAGGAAAGACCAGAGUUCUUGUCACAAAUCAGCUACAUUUUCUCUCACAAGUAGAUAAGAUUAUUUUGGUGCAUGAUGGUAUGGUGAAAGAGGAAGGAACAUUUGAAGAACUCUCAAAUAACGGCCCACUGUUUCAAAGAUUGAUGGAAAAUGCAGGGAAAAUGGAAGAAUAUGUGGAAGAAAAAGAAACUGUUCAAAACAUUGAUGAUAAAACUUUGCAGCUAUCUGCUAAUGGUGAGGCCAAUGGGUUGCCUGAGGAUCCCACCUCUAAAACUAAACGAAAAGGAGGAAAAUCGGUUCUCAUCAAGCAGGAAGAACGAGAAACAGGUGUCGUUAAUAUUAAAGUUUUGAAAAGAUACAACGAUGCUUUAGGUGGCACGUGGGUAGUGAUGAUAUUGUUCAUGUGCUAUGUCCUAACUGAAGUCCUACGAGUUUCAAGUAGCACUUGGUUAAGUUACUGGACAGAUCAAAGCACUUCAUCAGCACAUGGGCCUCUUUUCUAUAAUUUGGUCUAUGCUCUUCUAUCACUUGGCCAGGUCUUUGUGACAUUGACGAAUUCGUUUUGGUUGAUUAUUUCAAGUCUCUAUGCUGCGAGAAGGUUGCAUGAGGCUAUGCUUAAUUCGAUACUAAGAGCUCCAAUGGUCUUCUUUCAGACAAAUCCUCUAGGAAGGAUAAUAAAUAGAUUUGCUAAGGAUCUAGGUGAUAUUGAUCGGUUUGUUGCCCCAUUUGUUAAUAUGUUUCUGGGACAAGUGUCACAGCUUAUUUCGACUUUCGUACUAAUAGGAAUUGUGAGCACUAUGUCCCUUUGGGCCAUAAUGCCACUGCUGGUGUUGUUCUAUGUGGCCUAUCUUUACUAUCAGAGCACAGCCCGUGAAGUAAAGCGUCUUGACUCUGUAAGCAGAUCUCCUGUGUAUGCACAAUUUGGGGAAGCAUUAAAUGGUUUAUCAACUAUUCGUGCAUACAAAGCUUAUGAUAGGAUGGCAAAUAUCAAUGGUAACUCCAUGGACAAUAAUAUCAGGUUCACUCUUGUAACCAUGAGUGGGAACCGCUGGCUUGCAAUUCGCCUAGAAACAUUGGGUGGGCUUAUGAUAUGGCUUACAGCAACUUUUGCGGUUAUGCAGAAUGGAAGAGCUGAAAACCAGGAGGCUUUUGCCUCUACAAUGGGUUUACUUCUCAGUUAUGCAUUGAACAUUACGAGCCUGUUGACUGGUGUACUUAGAUUGGCUAGUCUGGCUGAGAACAGCCUUAACGCUGUUGAAAGAGUUGGCACAUAUAUAGAGCUUCCUUCUGAAGGUCCAGCAAUUAUUGACGGCAACCGCCCUCCUCCUGGAUGGCCUUCGUCAGGAUCUAUUACAUUUGAGGAAGUUGUCUUGCGUUACAGGCCUGAACUUCCCCCAGUUCUCCAUGGUAUAUCAUUCUAUAUUCCUCCAAGCGACAAGGUGGGUAUAGUUGGUAGAACAGGAGCAGGGAAAUCCAGCAUGCUUAAUGCUCUAUUCCGACUUGUAGAACUGGAGAAAGGAAGAAUCUUGAUUGAUGAUUGUGAUACAGCAAAGUUUGGGUUGACAGAUCUUCGUAAGGUCCUUGGUAUUAUACCACAAGCUCCAGUUCUGUUCUCAGGAACUGUUAGAUUUAAUCUUGAUCCUUUCAACGAACACAAUGAUGCUGACCUUUGGGAGGCUUUGGAGAGAGCCCAUUUGAAAGAUGUUAUUAGGAGGAGUUCUUUGGGUCUGGAUGCAGAGGUCUUGGAGGCAGGCGAAAAUUUCAGUGUUGGACAGAGGCAACUGCUUAGUCUUGCUCGGGCGUUGCUUCGCCGUGCGAAGAUUCUUGUACUUGAUGAAGCAACUGCAGCUGUUGAUGUUAGGACUGACGCUCUUAUUCAAAAGACCAUAAGAGAGGAGUUUAAAUCGUGCACAAUGCUUAUUAUAGCUCAUCGUUUGAAUACCAUUAUCGACUGCGACAGAAUUCUUCUUCUUGAUUCUGGUCGGGUCCUUGAAUAUGAUACACCAGAGAGACUAUUGCAAAAUGAAGAAAGUGCGUUCUCUAAGAUGGUGCGGAGUACGGGGGCAGCAAAUGCUGAAUACCUUCGCAGUCUAGUAUUUGGAGGAGAAGGGGACAACAAAUUGCAGAGAGAAACUCAGCUAGAUGGCCAAAGGAGAUGGCUUGCCUCUUCCCGCUGGGCUGCUGCUGCACAGUUUGCUUUGGCUGUUAGCCUCACUUCAUCACAGAAUGACCUUGUUCAGUUGGAAAUUGAUGAUGAUGACAAUAUUCUCAAGAGAACAAAGGAUGCAGUGAUGACUCUGCAAGGAGUUUUGGAGGGGAAGCAUGAUACAGUAAUUGAAGAAACCCUUGACCAAUACCAGGUUUCCCGGGAAAGAUGGUGGUCAGCCCUAUACAAAAUGAUUGAAGGUCUUGCAGUGAUCGGUCGGUUGGGUCGAAGCAGGCUUCAUCAGUCAGGAUUUGAGUUCGAGGACAGAGCAAUUGAUUGGGACAACAUUUCAACGUAGGCAUAUGGAUAUGAUGAUGAUGAUAAGCAGCCAAAGAUGUUCAGCAAUGCUGUCUGGUUCCGCUGCCAGUGUAACUUGGAGAUAAUCUGCUGAGACUAAAGUUAAUAAACGAUUGUACCAUUACAUGCAGAAUGAGUAGAUCUUCUCCCAGAAUGAGUAGAUGAUCUGCUGCGCCUAUCAUACACAUAUCUGUGCUCGUGGAUCACACUGUAUUUUAUGACGACUUGUCUUCUCUGUCAAACUUAACUUGCUUCGUAUCAAUGUUAACAAUGCGCAAGCGUCCAUAAAGAUUCGGCGAUGUAUUAUUUUCACCACAUACAGCUCUUCAUGGUUUUUUUGUGGGUUUAAGCAAAUUUUCAGCAAUUUUUGAGCUACUUUUCUUGGUUAUGUACAAAGAGGAAUGUUUUGUCAGACAAAUUUUAUCCGUCUUACUUAUUUUACCAUACAGGUCACUAAGAUUUUUAA